AAACUAUUUAAUGCAGAGUAUCGAAGAUUAGAUUAAGUCUUGUAUGAAUAUGGCAAAUUUAGCUUAGGAUAUCAGUCUAGAAUUACGCACAGAAGAGUAAUAAAUCUAAAUGCAAUAAGAAUGGAAUGAAGAUCAAGUUAAAGAAGAAAAAUAAUAAUUAUAAGAAAAUAUUGAAUAAUCUCAAUAGCAAGUUCUAAAUAAAAUUUGGAAUUGCCCCAUUUUUAACUAGGCAGCUUUUUCUAAAGAAUUGUAUCGCAAUCUUUGCGAGACUUACGAUUUAUUAAAUAAGCUUCAUUUGGAUGCCGUUGAUUUAACUAAAAGGCUUAUUGCAGAAAAAGAUUUUUAACCACGUUUUUUUUAAGCUAUAAAGAUAACAUUUAUUGGAAUUUUGCAACUUGAACAAAUUGGAUUAAUUUCUCAUGAUUAGGACAUUAUGAGUAAAUCAAUCAAUCAAGAUUAUAAUAUAAAUGUUAAUAAAAAGAGAUUUAAUGAGAAAGCAGUAUGCAUAUUAUUAGAAUUUACUAUUAUUCAUAUCCUUUCACAUAUAAAGGUACUGUUUGAAACAAUAGAAUUUCGAAGAGAAAAAUAGGAAUUGAGAUCUUUAGUAAUUUACUUAUCCAAAUUGUAAACUUGUCUUGAACAAUUGCCUGGUGCCGCACAACUAGAUGUCAAUGAUCUAUUUUGUUAUGAAAGAGGACAUUAUAGAUGGUAAGGCUUAAAUAGUGUAACUUAAGAAAUUCUUUUGGGUUCAAGAGAAUAAAUCUCAAAAUCAUAUGGAAAAGUAGCUGAAGGAUUAUUGUUAGCUAAUGCAAUGAUUUCAAAAGGCUCGGAAUUUAAUAAUGAAGCUGCUAAAAAUUUUAUGUAAGGAUUUGGUGCAUUAUAUUAUUUGGUAGCCAAAAAGGAUGCAAAAUUAAAGGCGGAUCAUUUUAUGGCAGAGCCAAAUAAAAAUUUAGCAUUUAAAGCCUGGAAUUUAGGAGAAAGCGGUUUUCUUGGUACAUUAUUACCCCUUCUUUUUCCAAAUAUAACUUAUAAUUAAAAGAUAUUUAUCCCAUAUCUAUUUAAAAGAUUAGUAGAAGACAACAUACUUCUAUAAUAUAGAGAAAAUAAAAUUAAUCGUAUUUAAAACGAUUGUGAAGAAUGCUUAAAUACUAAUUUACCAAAAUACCAAGAAUUGUAUACAAAAAAUAAAGACAAGAUACCUGUUAGAAUUUUAUGUCAUUAAAAUCUUUAAGAGAUUAAUUCUACUGGUAUUUUUUAAAAUUCUCUAAAAUUUAUACAAGGAUAAAAAUUAUUUGAUAAAAUAAUUAUACAUAUACAUGGAGGAGGAUUUGUAAGUAUGUCAUCAAGAUCACAUUAAACUUAUACAAGAAAGUGGGCAAAAAAUUUGAUGGUACCAAUAUUUUCAAUAGACUAUCGAAAAGCUCCAGAAAACCCAUAUCCAUUUGGCUUAGAUGAUUGCUGGUAAGCUUACAUGUUUAUAAUCAACUAUAUUGAUCGUUAUUUUAAUAUCAAACCAAACAAAGUAGUGUUAGUCGGUGAUAGUGCAGGAGGUAAUUUAGUGGCUGCACUAACAGUUUAAAUUAUUAAAUCUGGUGCAAGAAUUCCUGAUGGAAUUUUAAUGGCUUACCCAGCAUUAUUAUUAGAUAUUAAAUAAUUCACUCCAAGUUUAUUGAUUUCUUUAAAUGAUCCAUUAUUGCAUCAUACUGUUUUGAAGUUAUGCAUUUCUUCAUAUGUUCCAUAACAAUUUGAUGCAAAAUUAGAUCCAUUAAUUUCACCAUCAAUUGCAAGCGAUGACAUUUUGAGUAGAUUUCCACCAACAAGGAUUGUUUUAGGUACUAACGACCCAUUGCAUGAUGAGAGUUUUAGAUUAGCCAAUAAUUUAUUUAGAUUGGGAAGAGAUAUUAAAAUUACUGAAUAUAAAUGGAUGCCUCAUGGAUUUCUAUAAUUUGAUGUUAUAUAAGGCAUGAAGGAAGCCUGUUAAACAGUUCUUGAUACAUAAAAUAUUAUUCAAAGUCUACUUACAUCAUGA